CGGUGACGGCGAUCCCCGUGCGGCUGAGGACGGCCAGCCAGUGAGCGCGGAGACUGGUUCCGCUCCGGGCGGGGGGAGCGCCUGGCCCGACCCUGCUCCCUGUGCUGCGGAGCUUACGGUCCUGCCCACCCGAUUCUGGACCGACCUUCCCCCUCUACCUCCGACCCUCCCCCUGUCUUCCCCCAGCCUUCCCCGGAGAGGCCAUGGAGGACGAGGAGAGACUGAAGAAACUGGAGGCCGGCAAAGCGAAGAAUGAUCACAGGACUCAAAUUUAGAAAUUGGUGGUUAGUAGUUGCUUCAUAUAAAAUUUAGAAAAUUUACUUAAUAAAGAAGGAAAUUUCAAGUCAGCAUAAAGGAAAAUAUCUAUAAUCUCAAAUCCAGAGCCAGACCAAAGCUUGCCCAGUUUCGACAAAGGAAAGCUCAAUCUGAUGGGCAGAAUCCUUCUAAGAAGCAGAAAAAAAAGAGGAAAACUUCAAGCAGUAAACAUGAUUCAUCAGCAUACCAUGCUUUAAAUAUUGAGCAAUCACAGAGUGAUGAGACAUGCAUAAAUAGUUCCCAGAGAGUAGGAUCAACCAUGACUCCUGAGUCCACUACAAUGAGAACUCUGCAUAGUGGAGAAAUAAGCAAACAUGACCAGGUCUUUUCUAUUGAACCAGAAAGUGAAAUUUCAACCACAGCAGAUGAUUAUAGUUCAGAGGUAAAUGGUUGCAGUUUUGUGGUGAGAACAGGAAAACCUACAAAUUUAUUAAGGGAGGAAGAAUUUUGUGUCGAUGAUUUUUAUUCUGAACAUGGAGCACAAUACAAUCAGACCCAUCUAGAAAUGAUGGAAAACGAAUUGGCUGGCAAGCAGCAUGAGAUAGAAGAGCUCAACAGAGAACUAGAAGAAAUGAGAGCCACCUAUGGGACUGAAGGGCUGCAGCAGUUACAAGAAUUUGAAGCUGCCAUUAAACAAAGAGAUGGCAUUAUAACCCAGCUCACUGCUAAUUUACAACAAGCAAGAAGAGAAAAGGCUGAAACAAUGAGAGAAUUUUUAGAGUUGACAGAACAAAGUCAAAAAUUACAGAUUCAAUUCCAGCAUUUACAGGCUAGUGAAACUCUGAGAAACAGCACUCACAGUAGCACAGCUGCAGAUUUACUACAGGCCAAACAACAGAUCCUCACCCAUCAGCAACAGCUGGAAGAACAAGACCAUCUAUUGGAAGAUUAUCAAAAAAAGAAAGAAGACUUCAAAGUGCAAAUUAAUAUCUUGCAAGAAAAAAUUCGAGCAUGUGAAAUGGAACAAGAUAAAAAAGUAGAAAGCUCAAAUAAAGAAGUACAGGAAAAGGAGGCAAUCAUUGAAGAAUUAAAUACAAAAAUAAUAGAAGAAGAAAAAAAGACUCUUGAGCUAAAGGAUAAAGUCACAGCUGCUGAUAAAUUACUGGAAGAAUUACAAGAACAGGUUGUACAAAAGAACCAAGAGAUAAACAAUGUAAAACUAGAGCUGACUAAUUCCAAACAAAAAGAAAGACAGUGUUCUGAAGAAAUAAAACAAUUAAUGGGGACAGUUGAAGAACUUCAGAAGAAAAAUCAUAAAGAUAGCCAGUCUGAAACGGAUAUUCUACAAAGAAUGGAACAAGAAACACAAAGAAAGUUAGGACAACUCCAGGCAGAGCUGGAUGAGAUGUAUGGGCAGCAGAUAGUGCAGAUGAAACAAGAGUUAAUAAAACAACACAUGUCACAGAUAGAUGAACUUAAAACACGACAUAAGGAAGAAGUGGAGAUUGCUUUAAGAUCAUUUCCAAAUAUUACAAUUAAUGAAGAUCAAAUAAAGUUAAUGAAUGUGGCAAUAAAUGAGCUAAAUAUAAAAUUGCAAGAUACUAACUCUCAGAAAGAAAAACUCAAGGAAGAACUAGGAGCAAUUUCAGGAGAAAAGUCUGUUCUACAGAGAAAGCUUGAAGACCUUUUUGAAGAACUAAGCUUUUCAAGGGACCAAAUUCAAAGAGCUAGACAGACAAUAGUUGAACAAGAAAGUAAACUCAAUGAAGCACAUGAGUCCCUUAAUAUAGUGGAAGAUUUGAAAACUGAGAUUGUUUCUGCAUCUGAAUCCAGGAAGGAACUAGAAUUAAAACAUGAAGCAGAAGUUACAAAUUACAAGAUAAAACUUGAAAUGUUAGAAAGAGAAAAGAAUGCUGUAUUAGACAGAAUGGCUGAAUCACAAGAAGCUGAAUUAGAGAGGCUGAGGACACAGCUUCUGUUUAGUCAUGAAGAAGAGCUUUCCAAACUGAAGGAAGAUUUAGAAAUUGAACAUCAAAUAAAUAUUGAGAAACUUAAAGAUAAUUUAGGCAUUCACUAUAAACAGCAGAUGGAUGGAUUACAAAGUGAAAUGAGUCAAAAGAUAGAGACCAUGCAGUUUGAAAAAGACAAUUUGAUAAGUAAGCAGAAUCAAUUAAUUUUGGAAAUUUCAGAGCUAAAAGAUUUACAGCAAUCCCUUGUGAAUUCAAAAUCAGAAGAAAUGACUCUUCAAAUCAAUGAACUUCAAAAAGAAAUUGAAAUACUCAGAAAAGAAGAAAAGGAAAAGGGUACACUUGAACAAGAAGUUCAAGAGUUACAACUUAAAACUGAAUUAUUAGAGAAGCAAAUGAAGGAAAAAGAGGAUGACCUUCAAGAAAAAUUUGCACAACUUGAAGCAGAGAAUAGCAUUCUUAAAAAUGAAAAGAGAGCCCUUGAAGAUAUGUUGAAAAUAUAUACUCCCGACUCCAUUAAGUCUAAAUCCAAAGACUAUAGCUGGCAACAAGAAGUAGAAAUACUUACAGAGGAAAAUGAGGACCUCAAAAAACAGUGUAUCCAGCUGACUGAAGAGAUUGAGAAACAAAGGAACACUUUUUCUUUUGCUGAAAAAAAUUUUGAAGUUAACUAUCAAGAGUUACAGGAGGAUUAUGCCUGCCUUCUCAAGGUAAAAUCUGAUUUAGAAGAUAGUAAAAAUAAACAAGAAGUAGAGUAUAAAAGUAAGCUUAAAGCACUUAGUGAAGAGCUUCAUCAUUUGCAAAGAAUAAAUGCAACUAUAAUGAAAAUAAAAUGUUCAGUCUUUGAUGAUGACAAAACUUUGAUAGCAGAACCAUUGGAAAUUGGCGAGGUUGUUGAAAAAGAUGCAAUGGAACUUAUGGAAAAACUUGAGGUAACCAAGAGAGAAAAAUUAGAACUGUCAGAGAGACUCUCUGACCUUUCUGAACAAUUAAAACAGAAACAUGGUGAGAUUAGUUUUCUGAGUGAAGAAGUUAAAUCUUUAAAGCAAGAGAAAGAACAAGUUUUACUGAGAUGUAGAGAGUUAGAAAUCAUAAUUAACCAGAAGAGGACAGAAAAUGUAAAUGUGUGUGAUGCUGAGUUAAGCUUACAAGAUGGAGUUGUGACUAUGAGAGGCAGGGAUUCUGGAGGGUCAGUUUCUAAAAUAAAUAAAUAUUUUGGAGAAGAAUCAAAAAUAAAGGAAGAUAAUUCCCUUCAGUUGCCGUCAGUGACAAAUGAAUCGUCGCUUGGGACAACUGAACUAAAUGAAGACGAUAAAUUUCAGCGAGAACUCAGUAUACUUAAAUCAGAACAGCAUGAUUUAAGGCUACAGUUGGAAGCUCAACGUAUAUGCCUCUCUUUGGUUUAUUCAACUCAUGUGGAUCAGGUUCGUGAAUAUAUGGAAAAUGAAAAAGACAAAGCUCUUUGCAGUCUUAAAGAGGAGCUUAUUUCUGCUCAUGAGGAAAAGAUCAAGGAACUUCAGAAAAUACACCAGCUAGAGCUGCAGAAUAUAAAAGCACAAGAAGCAGUUCCAUUAGGUGAUGAGAUGAAGCCUUUACAAAUGCUCAUUGGAAGACUUCGCAAAGCAGUGUCUGAAGAAUGUUCUUACUUUACACAGUCUUCUUACAAUGUCCUUGGUGAACAUACCACUUCUGCUUUAAAUUGUGAAGUAAAUGGAGAAGAGAGAGAAUGUUGUGGUGUUCACACUUCUGAAAAUCAAGAACUUCAAGAUUGUAGAUAUGAAGUUCAAGAGUUUCAAGAAAAUAUGCAAACUCUUCUCAACAAAGUUACAGAAGAAUGCAACAAACUCUUGGUACUACAGACACGGUUAAGUAAGUUUCAGGGGCAGCAGACAGAUACUGUGAAACUUGAAUUUGCAGAAGAAAACCUACCAAAAGAGGAAACAGGAUUUUUACCAGCUCAUUCACAGAUAACCUGUUUGGAAGACACUGAUGUUAGUCAUAAAAGCAAGUUAUCUACUCAGCAAGAUAUUGAAAAAAUUAAAAAGCUUGAAGGACAAGUUCAAGAAUUAGAAAACCUCAUAUCUGCUUUGCAGCAACAGUUGAAAGAAACUGAAGAAAACUAUGGGGCAGAGAUCCACUGUUUAGAGGAAAGACUUCAAGCUGUUAGUGAGUCCACAGUUCAGCCAAGUUUCUCCAUUGAUUCAUUGAUAAUUACUGAAUCUGAUGUACGGAAAACAGUAUACCCUGGAAGUUGUCUAAAGCAGAACAUUGAUGGUACAAUAGAGUUUGUUGGUGAAUAUGGAGUGAAAGAGGAAACAAAUAUGGUUAAGUUGCUGGAAAAACAGUACCAAGAACGAUUAGAAGAGGAAGUAGCUAAGGUCAUUGUGUCAAUGAGUAUAGCAUUUGCUCAACAAACUGAACGAUCUAGAAUAUCUGGGGAAAAAGAAGAUACUGUAUCAUCAAAACAAGCACAUGCUGUCUGUCAGCAAGAACAUUACUUAGAUGAAAUGAAAUUAUCACAAGGUCAACUUGGUUUUCAUACUUUUGAGGCAACGGACAUGGGAUUUAAAGAAGAAUUUAAACCUCUUAGUAAGGAGUUAGGAGAAGGUGAAAAGAAAGUUCUGUUAUCAAACAGUGAUAAUCUUGGUAAUAUACCAGAAUCGGAGGACCAUGAACUGACUAUUUCAGAAGAAAUGUUCUCCAAAGAUAAUACAUUUAUAGUCACAGAAUCUAUCCACAAUGAAAUUUUGGUAUCAAGCGUGGAUGCUUCUAGACAACUAAUGUUAAAUGAAGAACAGCUGGAAGAUAUGAGGCAGGAACUUGUGCGACAGUACCAAGAACAUCAGCAGGCAACAGAACUGUUGAGGCAGGCACACAUGCGCCAGAUGGAGAGGCAGCGAGAAGACCAAGAGCAGCUACAAGAAGAGAUUGAGAGACUGAAUAGACAGUUAGCGCAGAGAUCCUCAAUAGAUAAUGAAAACCUGGUUUCAGAGAGAGAGAGGGUGCUUUUAGAGGAGUUGGAAGCCCUAAAGCAGCUGUCUGUAGCUGGAAGAGAGAAGCUGUGUUGUGAGCUGCGCAGCAGCAGUACGCAAACACAGAGUGGACAUGAAAACCAAGGGGAAAUUGAGGAACAGACCUUUAAAGAAAAGGAAUUGGAUAGAAAACCUGAAGAUGUGUCUCCUGAUAUUCUGUCUAAUGAAAGCUUGCAUGGAGGAAUUUGGCCCCUAAGAUUUUGGCUUCCCCAUUGGAUCAUCAGUAUGGAGCACAGUCAGUAUGGAACUCAAACAAGAAAGACAGUGUAUGCCCUCCAGAAAGCUAAUAACAAACUUCUGAAGAUACUCUUAGAAGUUGUAAAAACAACAGCAGCUGUUGAAGAAACAAUUGGUCGCCAUGUUCUUGGUAUUCUAGAUAGAUCUAGUAAAGGCCAGUCAUCCGCCAGCCUUAUUUGGAGGUCAGAAGCAGAGGCACCUGUAAAGUCACGUGUCCUUGAGGAACACACAGGAGUUACAGAUGAGUCUAUACCCUCUUAUUCUGGAAGUGACAUGCCAAGAAAUGAUAGUAGCAUGUGGCCAAAAGUACCUGAGGAAGGAACAGAUUUGUCAAAACGGCUCAUAAGGAGUGGUUUUGCUGGAACUGAAAUAGACCCUGAAAAUGAAGAAUUUAUGCUGAAUAUUAGCUGUCGACUACAAGCAGCAGUUGAAAAACUCCUAGAAGCCAUAAGUGAAACUAGUAGUCAGCUGGAACAUGCAAAAGUUACACAGACAGAGUUGAUGCGUGAGUCAUUUAGACAGAAACAAGAAGUGGCAGAAUCCCUGAAGGGCCAAGAAGAACUGCGAGAGCGCCUUCAUGAGGAGUCCAGGGCCAGAGAACAGUUGGCUGUGGAACUCAGUAAGGCUGAGGGUGUCAUAGAUGGCUAUGCAGAUGAAAAAACUUUUUUUGAAAGGCAAAUUCAGGAAAAGACUGAUAUAAUAGAUCAUCUUCAGCAGGAGUUGUUAUGUGCAGGUAAUAGAUUACAAGAAUUGGAAGCAGAGCAGCAGCAGAUUCAAGAAGAAAGAGAAUUACUGUCCAGACAGAAGGAGGCUAUGAAAGCAGAGGCAGGCCCAGUUGAACAGAGACUAGUAGAUGCUGCAGUCGAUGCAGCACCUGGAGCAGAAUUCCUACAGGAGACAGAAAAACUAAUGAAGGAAAAACUAGAAGUACAGUGUCAAGCUGAAAAAGUAUGUGAUGACCUUCAAAAACAAGUGAAAGCUCUAGAAAUAGAUGUUGAGGAACAAGUCAGUAGGUUUAUAGAGCUGGAACAAGCAAAAAAUGCUGAACUAAUGGAUUUGAGACAACAAAAUCAAGCACUGGAAAAGCAGUUAGAAAAAAUGAGAAAAUUUUUAGAUGAGCAAGCCAUUGAUAGAGAACAUGAAAGAGAUGUAUUCCAACAAGAAAUACAGAAACUGGAAUACCAACUUAAGGUCAUACCUCGAUUCCAGCCUAUCAGUGAACAUCAAACUAGAGAGGUUGAACAGUUAACAAAUCAUCUGAAAGAAAAAACAGACAAGUGCAGUGAGCUUUUGCUCUCUAAAGAGCAGCUUCAGAGGGAUAUACAAGAACGGAAUGAAGAAAUUGAGAAACUGGAGUUCAGAGUAAGGGAACUGGAGCAAGCCUUACUUGUUAGUACAGACACUUUUCAAAAGGUAGAGGACCAAAAACAGUUUGGAGCUGUAGAGACUAAAGCAGAAUUGUCCCUAGAAGUACAAUUACAGGCUGAGCGAGAUGCCAUCGACAGAAAGGAAAAAGAGAUUACAAACUUAGAAGAACAGUUAGAACAGUUCAGAGAAGAACUAGAAAAUAAGAAUGAAGAAGUCCAGCAACUUCAUAUGCAAUUAGAAAUACAGAAAAAGGAAUCUACUACUCGCCUACAAGAACUUGAACAAGAAAACAAAUUAUUUAAGGACGAAAUGGAAAAACUGGGAUUUGCCAUAAAGGAAUCUGAUGCUAUUUCUACUGAGGACCAACAUGUGCUGUUUGGGAAAAUUGCUCAGAUAAUACAGGAAAAAGAAGUAGAAAUUGACCAGUUGAAUGAGCAAAUCACAAAACUUCAGUAUCAACUUAAAAUUACAACAGAUAACAAGAUUAUUGAAGGAAAAAAUGAACGAAUAAAGGAUCUUGAAACCCAAAUAGAAUGUUUGAUGAGUGAUCAAGAACGUGUGAAAAGAAAUAGAGAAGAAGAAACUGAGCAGCUCAAUGAAGUGAUUGAAAAACUUCAACAGGAAUUGGCAAAUAUUGAACAAAAGACACCAGUGGAUGCUAAUGCUCUCCCAGAAGAAGCAGAUAGUUUAAGAAAUCGGUUGGAUAUGGUAAUAUGUGAAAAACUGGCUUUGGAACAGCAAGUAGAAUCCACUAAUGAAGAAAUAGCCUUUAUGAAAAAUGUGCUUAAAGAAACUAAUUUUAAAAUGAACCAGCUAACACAAGAAUUAAGCAGCUUAAGGAGAAAACGUGAAAAUACUGAAAAAACCCAAAGUGUACCAGAGAAAAAUGUUAGUAUGGCUAUAGAUGAUCUGAGUAAAAGCACACCUAAACUAGGAGUAGUCCUUACUGAGGAUGCUCCUAAGCCCCUAGAAAAUCAAAUUUACCUUAAAUCUUUUGAAGAAAACAGCAAAGUUUCCAUAAGUAGUUUGGAAACAAAGGUGCUACAGCUUGAAGGCACUGUAAGUGCAAAGGACUUAGAACUUACCCAGUGUUAUGAACAAAUAAAGGAAAUGCAAGAGCAAGGCCAGUCUGAAGCAGAAGUGCUUAAAAAGAGGGUUGUAAACCUACAGAAUAUACUUGAGGAAAAAGUUGCUGCUGCUCUUGUGAGUCAAGUCCAACUUGAAGCAAUUAAGGAAUAUGUAAAAUUCUGUGAAAAUAAACAAGCAAUUUCAUCAGAACCUGAAAGAACAAAUAUACAGAAUUUAAAUCAACUAGCAGAAAAUGAAAUGGUGUCAGAUAUAUCAGCAUUAACCUCUAGAAUAUCAGAAUUAGAAAGCCAGGUGGUUGAGAUGCAGAUGAGUUUGAAUUUAGAAAAAGAACAUGUAGAAACUGCAGAGAAAAAUGCUUUGGAAAAAGAAAAGGAACUAUUAGAACUACAGAAGCUGUUGGAGGAUGAGGUAAAACAGGGAGGUAAAGACAGGAAAAAAUGCCCUCAAGAAGAUUUUGAAGUUCUUAAGACAACUAUGGAGCUAAUUCAUACCAAUGAAGAAAGUGAAAUUUUUGGUCAGCUUGAGGCCCUUAGAGCUGAGUCAGCAGUCACCAAAGAAGAACUUGCCAGUUUCAAAGAGAAGGCAGAAAAACUUCAAGAAGAGCUUUUGAUAAAAGAAACAAAUACAGCAUUUCUUCAGAAAGAUUUAACCCAAGUUAGGGAUCAACUCACAGAGGCAGAAGAGAGAUUAUCCUACUUCUUAAAAAAAGAAGUUAAGACCGAGAUACAAGACAACAGAAAAGUCUGCAUAUUAGAGCCGCUUCCUAUUAAAGUGGGUAAAAGCUCUGCAUCCCAGACAGAGGGGACUCUCAAGGGUAAUAGCAGCAGUCAGACUCCACAAGUUCUUGUUAGAAAUGCAGGAAUCCAAAUUGAUUUACAGAGUGAAUGUUCAUCAGAAGAAGUCACUGAACUAAUAAGUCAGUUUACAGAAAAAAUUGAACAGAUGCAAGAAUUACAUGCUGCUGAAAUUUUGGAUAUGGAAUCCAGACAUAUUUCUGAAACUGAAACCUUAAAGAGGGAACACUAUGUUGCUGUUCAGUUGCUGACAGAGGAAUGUGGUACCUUGAAGGCAGUGAUACAGCAGUGUCUGAGAUCUAAAGAGGGAUCCUCAGUUCCUGAAUUAACACAUUCUGAUGCCUACCAAACUAGAGAAGUAUGUUCCAGUGAUUCUGGAUCUGACUGGGGUCAGGGAAUUUACCUUACACAAAGUCAGGGAUUUGACACAGCAUCAGAAGGCCAAGGAGAAGAAGGUGAAAGUUCAACAGAUUUGUUUCCAAAGAAAAUAAAGGGAUUACUGAGAGCUGUCCAUAAUGAAGGCAUGCAGGUGCUCUCUCUCACUGAAUCUCCCUAUGAUGAUGGAGAGGACCAUUCUAUUCAGCAACUUUCGGGAUCUUGGCUAGAAGAGAGAAGAGCUUACCUCAGUACAAUCUCAUCUCUUAAGGAUUUAAUUACCAAAAUGCAAGUGCAAAGAGAAGCUGAGAUUUAUGAUAGUUCUCAAGCUCCUGAGAGCUUCUCAGACUGGCGAGGUGAACUUCUGCUUGCCCUUCAGCAAGUUUUCUUAAAGGAGCACAGUGUUUUACUAGCCGCAUUUCAGACUGAGCUGACAGCUCUAGGUACUCGAGAUGCAGUUGGAUUAUUAAACUGUUUGGAACAGAGAAUACAAGAACAGAGUAUUGAAUAUCAAGCAGCAAUGGAAUACCUCCAGAAAGCAGAUAGAAGGAGUUUGUUAUCUGAAAUUCAGGCACUGCAUGCUCAAAUGAAUGGUAGGAAAAUGACUCUGAAAACAGAACAAGAGAAUGAUCAACCAAGCCAAGAACUCUUGGAAUAUAAUAUGCAGCAGAAGCAGUCUCAAAUUCUAGAGAUGCAAGUGGAGCUCAGCAGUGCAAAAGACAGAGCAACAGAGCUGCAGGAACACCUGAGUUCUGAGAAAAUGGUGGCUGCUGAACUGAAGAGCGAACUUGCACAAACUAAAUUGGAACUAGAAACAACUCUGAAGGCACAGCAUAAGCACCUAAAGGAAUUAGAGACAUUCAGGUUGGAAGUUAAAGAUAAAACAGAUGAAGUACAUUUGCUUAAUGACACAUUAGCAAGUGAACAGAAAAAAUACAGAGAGCUCCAGUGGGCUUUGGAAAAAGAGAAAGCCAAACUGGGACGCAGUGAGGAGCGGGAUAGAGCAGAACUCGAGGAUCUGAAAUUUUCACUUGAGGGUCAGAAACAAAGGAAUAUUCAGCUCAAUCUUCUUUUGGAACAACAGAAACAACUACUAAAUGAAUCACAGCAGAAAAUAGAAUCACAAAGAGUGCUACAUGAUGCCCAGUUAUCAGAAGAACGAGGUCGAAACUUAGAGCUUCAAGUACUUCUUGAAUCUGAGAAAGUUAGAAUUCAGGAAAUGAGUAGUACCCUGGAUAGGGAGCGGGAAUUGCAUGCACAGCUACAGAGCAGUGAUAACAGUGGGCAUCCUCAGCCCUCCUUACCCUCUGAGGACCUCCUUAAAGAGCUACAGAAACAGCUUGAGGAGAAACACAGUCGCAUAGUAGAACUGUUAAAUGAGACUGAGAAAUAUAAACUGGAUUCUUUGCAAACAAGACAGCAGAUGGAAAAGGAUAGGCAGGUUCAUAGAAAGACAUUGCAGACAGAACAAGAGGCCAACACUGAGGGACAGAAAAAAAUGCAUGAACUCCAGUCCAAAGUGGAGGAUCUUCAGCGCCAGCUAGAAGAGAAAAGACAACAAGUCUAUAAGUUAGAUCUUGAAGGAAAACGACUACAAGGAAUUAUGCAGGAAUUUGAGAAACAAGAACUAGAACGAGAAGAAAAACGAGAAAGAAGAAUUCUAUAUCAGAAUCUUAAUGAGCCAGCCACAUGGAAUUUAACCAAUGAUCGAACUAGAAAUUGGGUUCUUCAACAGAAAAUAGAAGAAGAGACAAAGGAAACAAGCUAUCCUAAACUGAUUGAAAUGAAUGGAGGAGGAAAUGGCUUUAAUCAUGAAUUAGAAAUGAUCAGACAAAAGCUUCAAUGUGUGGCUUCAAAACUACAGCAUAUAGCCCAAAAAGCCUCCAAUAGACUACAGUUUGAAACAGCAGAUGAUGAAGAUUUCAUUUGGGUUCAGGAAAAUAUUAAUGGAAUUAUUUUGCAACUACAAAAAUUAACUGGCCAGCCAGCUGAAGAGCCUAGCUUAGUGUUCCCAAGUACUUCUUGUGGCUCAUUGACUGAAAGACUACUGAGACAAAAUGCUGAGCUGACAGGACAUAUCAGCCAGCUGACUGAAGAAAAGAACGAUUUAAGAAACAUGGUUAUGAAACUGGAAGAGCAGAUCAGAUGGUAUCGACAGACAAGAGCUGGCAGAGAUUAUUCUUCUAGAUACUCAUUCAGUGGUGGUGCCAACAUUGAAGACAUCAUUGCUUCUGAGAAACAAGUCUGGAACAGAGAAAAGUUGACUCUCCAAAAAUCCUUGAAAAGGGCAGAAGCUGAAGUGUGCAAACUGAAGGCUGAACUAAGAAAUGAAGCUUUACUUCAAAAUUUGAGCCCUGAUGCUGAGCAUGCCACUAUAAAGAGAAUUUAUGGUAAAUACCUGAGGGCAGAAAGUUUUCGGAAAGCUCUCAUUUAUCAGAAGAAAUACCUGCUGCUGUUACUGGGUGGGUUCCAGGAAUGUGAAGAUGCCACUCUGGCUCUGCUUGCCCGGAUGGGGGGACAGCCGGCCUUCACAGACCUAGAGGGGAUCACCAACCGUCCAAAGGGCUUCACCAGGUUCCGGUCGGCUGUCAGAGUGUCUGUGGCAAUUUCAAGAAUGAAAUUCUUGGUUCGACGAUGGCAUCGAGUCACAAGUUCUGGUCCCAUCAAUAUUAACAGGGAUGGCUUUGGACUGAGUCCAGGUGCAGAAAAGACUGACCCAUUUUAUCAUUCUUCUGGUGGGCUGGAGCUAUAUGGAGAACCAAGACAUACUACAUACCGCUCGAGGUCAGAUUUGGACUAUCCGAGGUCUCCUUUACCGUUUCAGAAUAGGUACCCAGGCCCUCCAGCUGAUUUAAAUCCUGGUUCCUUAGCAUGUUCUCAGCUCCAGAAUUAUGAUCCUGACAGAGCCCUGACAGAUUAUAUCACUCGGCUGGAGGCAUUGCAAAGGCGACUUGGGACAGUACAGUCAGGUUCAGCUCAAUUUCAUGCUGGCAUGAGAAGAUAAUCCUUUGAAACAUCAAGAAUACAAGUGAUUUUAAACAAAUACCCUUUUGUAAAUCAAUGGUUCUUUUGUGCUUUUGUAUUGUGGACAUUCAAUGGGACCAGUACCAACACAGCUUACGAUUGUAUACAAAUCCCUUGCCAGCACAUGAAAACAAACUGGAAUUUGUACAUAUAAGCAUUGUGUAUGUAUUCAUGCACAAUAAUCACUAAAUUACAUGUAUAUUUGUGGAAUGCUAAUUUAAAUGAUUAAAUUAUAAACUGUGUAUUUAUUGAAAGGAUGAAAAGAUUAAACUUCUGCACAUUAUGAUACUGCUGACUGUGUAGCUUGAGGUGUCCUGCACUUUUCUUAUAAGGCUACUGAAGUUACAUGUUUCUGCCUAAUAUAUUUGCUACUGGUGAUGAAGACAGAUAUCACUUGUAGAGACCUAUUUUUGUAUAAUGGUAGAAGUUUGAAUUUUAUGGGGUAUUUUGUCAAGUACUGAAAUAAAAAUGACUUCACCAUUUUAACCACACUGGAUUUUAACCUUCAUUUUUAUCUGAGCCGUAGUGGUUCAUUCAAGCUGCUAUAACAAAAUACCAGAGACUGGGUGGCCUAUAAACAACAGAAAAAUUUCUUACAGUUCUGGAGGUUGAGAAGUCAAAGAUCAAGGUGGCAGCAGUUCUAGUGUCUGGUGACGGCCCAUUUCCCAUUUCCUACACUGCCAUCUUCCUGCUGUCUCAUCACAGGGCAGAAGGGACAAGGGAGCUCUCUGAGGUCUCUUUUAUAAGGACUCUAAUUUCAUUUAUGAGUGUUCCACCCUCUCUGCCCCUCACCUAUCCUCCAUCCCCAUGUCCUGGUCACCUUCUAUAGGCCUCACCUCCAGGUACCAACAACUUGGAGGUUGGGUUUCAAUAAAUGAAUUUGAGGGGAUGCAAACACUCAGUCUAUGGCAGUGCAUAUUAUCUCAUCACUUACCUCAAAUAUGUAGGAUUUAGAGAUUCAAAAAGUUGCCCUAAUCUUAGAAUUAGACACUAUUAGGAUUUCUCUCUUCCUCCCUCAACUGAGGAAUUUUCCAUAUGCCUUUAAAAUACCAACUUUAUAUCUAAUGUUUUUCAAAAGCUAUAUUGGUAUUUUCAUGUUUAAUCUAUAUUUGCCUCAUUAUAUUUAGUGUUACUGGUGUCCAGAGGUGUGUGCUCACAAAGCCAUGCCCACUAAGAUGAUGCAGAAAUCAUUUAACUGAAAGAAUCUUAGAUUAUAUUAAUCACAGUGCAACAGAAUUAAGCAGUACUCCUGUCCAAGCUCAGUUCAGACUGGGAAGCUCAUAGAGAUUAUGUGAAUGUAAAUGUCUUAACUAGAGUCCUCUCCCAUAAUGUGGCAUCUCACGGAAACAGCAAGAGGGGUAGUAUUUUUUUUUAUUGAUGUAUAGUUGAUAUACAGUCUUAUAUUGGUUCCAAGUGUACAACACAGUUCAGCAGUUACCCAUAUUAUUAAGUCUUCACCCCCACUAGUGCAGUUACUGUUUGUCAACAUAGGAAGAUGUUAGGAAAUCAUUGACUGUAUUCUUCCAUGCUGUACUACCAUACCCGUGACCAACUUACAAUUGAGAAUUUGUGUGCCCCUUAAUCCCCCUCCCCAUCCCCACUAACCCACCCAAACUCCUCCCCAAUGGUAACCACCAGUCACUUCUCAGUGUCUAUACAAGUCUAUUGUAUUUCCCUGAUGACUAUUGACAUGGAGCAUCUUUUCAUGUGUCUGUUGGCCAUCUGUAUUUCUUCUGUGGAGAAGUGUCUGUUAAGGUCCUUC